AUGCUCCAAGGAAUCAACAAGCAGUUAGAAGAGAUCUCCAAAGGAAAUGAAGAAAUCAAGAAAGAAAACAAAGAAAUAAAAAAAAGUAUAGCAGAGAUGUCCCAAGAAAGUUUAAGGAAAGGACUGCAGGAAUUCCAGGAACAGAUGAGAAUAACUCUUCAGGAGAGAGAUGACAAGCUACAGGUGAAGGUAGAUCAUCACCGAGAAGAGAUGAACGAUGUGAAGACAGAGAUAAUUGGAAAAGCUGAGGGAGAUGUUGAGGGUGUCAAUACUGAAUUAGAAGGGAGACUGCAGAAAAUGGAAACACAACAACACCAGCAGAUUAAAGACAUGGUACAAGUACAGCAGCAGUGCCAAGUCAACAUUGGUAAAUUGGGAAAUUGGCAAGUGAAAUUGGAGGAGGCUGUCGAGCAUAUAGUCACAAACGAGAUCAAACAGCUGCAGGAGGGAGUCCAAUAG